AUGAAUUUAGAGAAGUUUUUUGAAAUUGAAGGUUUAGGUACUUAUUGUGUCCCCAAAUGUGGAGGUUGUAAAUGUGGUUCAUGUACCCCAGGAGACAAAAAUUACAACCUUAAGGAAGAGAGAGAGUUGGCAUUGAUUAGCGCAGGUCUGAACCAUGAUCCUGAUGAAAAAUGUUGGACUGUCAAAUAUCCUUGGAUUAGAGAGCCUGAAGAUUUACCUAAUAAUGUAUCUGUUGCUGUUGCUCGUUUGAAGUCAACUGAAAAAAGACUCAGUAAAUUGGGGACGCACUAUUGUGGAUUAUAUAAUGACCAAAUCCAGGAUAUGGUGAACAGAGGGGUUGCCAGAAGGUUAUCCAUCAAGGAGUUGAACAACUAUGAAGGACCAGUACAUUAUAUUCAUCAUCAUGAAGUCCUCAAACCUAGCUCCAGUUCAACUCCCCUUCGCAUUGUGUUCAACUCCUCAGCCUCCUACAUGGGCCAUAUAUUGAACGAUUAUUGGGCCAAAGGUCCAGAUGUCCUGAACAGUUUAUUAGGCAUCCUCAUAAGGUUUCGUCAGGGAAAGUUUGCUGUUACAGGUGACAUUUCUAAGAUGUAUAACUCUGUGAAAAUGGGAACUUUGGAUCAACAUACCCAUAGGUUUCUUUGGCGGAAUAUGGACAACGAAAGACCACCUGACCAUUACAUCAUGACUGCAGUAACUUUCGGUGAUAAACCCAGUGGUGUCAUUGCUAUGACAGCCCUAAAGAAGACCGUGGAGAUGUAUGAAACAAAGUUUCCUAAAGUUAAAGAUGUUGUAACCAAAAACUCAUAUGUAGAUGACAUUGUGCACAGUUGUGAUGAUAUGCAUGAAGCUCGACAAUUAGUCAGUGAUAUUGAUCUAGUUUUGAGCCAAGGAGGUUUUAAAAUCAAGCAGUGGAUUAUGGCUGGUGACGAACUGAGUGACACAGAUUUGGGUCUCCUAGAUAGUCAUGAGCAACGGAUUUUUGGUCUAAAGUGGGACCCUAGGGAAGAUACAUUUGGAUACAGGGUCACGUUGAAUUUUUCAAAGAAGUUCAGGAAUGUACGAGAAGGUCCCUGCUUAACUAAAUCAAAUUUGGAGAGUCAAAUACCUAAGACUUUAACUAAGAGAGUAGUACUAAGCCAAGUUUCAACUGUGUAUGACCCGUUGGGUUUAAUUGUCCCUUUUACAUUGAUCCCAAAAUUGUUGAUGAGGGAAAUUGUUACCAGUGAAAAAAAUGCAGGUGCUGCAUACGGAUGGGAUGAUGUGCUACCAGACAGAUUGAAGGAAAAAUGGGUCAAGCUCUUCCACGAAAUGUAUGAAUUAGAGUCUGUAACUUUUGCUAGGUGUGUCAAGCCUAACAAUGCAGUAGGAGACCCGGUCCUUGUAAUUUUCUCGGAUGGUAGCUCACUCGCUUAUGGUGCAUGUGCAUACAUCAGGUGGGAGUUGGAUGACGGGCGCUUUGAGUCACGCCUAAUUAUGGCAAAAAAUCGUAUAGCUCCUGUCAAGCAGAUAACGAUACCUCGUUUAGAGUUGUGUGGUGCAGUGUUGUCAUGCCGUUUACGUCUCACUAUUGAAAAGGAAUCUGAUUGGAAAUUUCAGUCUGUCUUGCACAUAGUUGACUCAUCCAUCGUAAGAGCUCAAAUUCAAAAGGAAUCUUAUGGUUUCGGUACUUUUGUGGCUAACAGAGUUGCUGAAAUUCAGAUGAAGACAGAUCCUAAUGACUGGUGGUGGGUAAAAACUAGUGAAAAUCCAGCUGACCUAACAACUAGGCCUUGUCAUCCUAACUACCUACGCAGCAAUUCCUUGUGGCAGAAAGGACCGGAUUUCCUUUCAGACAGGAUCUCUGAAUGGCCAAUCAGUAAGUUGUGUAAUGAAGAUCUACCUGACAGAGUAGGUGUCACUUUGAUGUGUGAAGCUGCCACGGUACAGGAGUCAGAUUCUACCCUCAUAAAGAUAGAAAGGUAUAGUAGCUACAACAAACUGCUACGAGUGACGGCACGGGUAAUCGCAGCAGCAAAGACGAGGUCCUUUAAGGCUGCUUUGUGUCAACCCACUACGGACGGACUUAGAGAUGCCGAAAAUAUCUCGUCCGAGUAG